AUCACUCGCUAGUUUCAUUUCUUCCCUGCUGCUGCCGAUGAGUUUUUUCACAUUUGUAAUUUUGCGGGUGUGAUUUUUCCGAUAUAUCGCUUUUUAAUUUUUCUCACACAAAUUUAAUUAAAACAACUCAGCGCAAUAACCAAAAAAUAAAAAGGAUAAUCUAAUCAUGGCACCAGUUGUAUCUCAUCCUCCAGUAUCCUGGGCUCAAAGGAAUGACCUUCUGUUCGUUACUAUCGAAGUAGAAUGCAAGGACAUUGACUACAAAGUAACAGAUGAUUCAAUGAAAUUCACUGGAAAAGACGCUCUGGAUAGCAAUAAGGUAUACGAACUCCAGUUGAACUUCCUAAAAAAUGUUGAUCCUGAACGAGUAACAAGUAAAAAUAUCGGCAGGUGUUUGGAAUUUACUAUUUAUAAAAAAGAAAGUGGUCCUUAUUGGUCAUCGUUAACAAACGACAAGACCAAACUGCAUUUCCUCAAAGCAAAUUUCAACAAAUGGAAAGAUGAGUCAGAUGAUGAAGACCAAGAAACUGCCAUGGAAUCUGAAUGGCCAAAUUUCAUGAAUCAAGCAUCCGAUUUAAAGAACUUUGACGACUUCGAAGAAGACGAUGACUCGGAUGAUAAUAUCCCAAGUUUAUCGCAAAACGACGAAGACGACGAAGCGGAUGACAAGCCCAAGGAGGAAAAAACCGAUAAACCAGCAGCAGCGGAAGAGAAGAAAUAAUUUUAGGUCGAUAUCUAAACUUAAUCAUUAAAUUUUACAUAAAAAUAAUAAUAAUAAUAAUGAGCGUUAAAUAAUAAUAAUAAUUAAAAAAACAAACAAAAUAAAAGAAUUUGCGCGCAUGAAAUUUAUAUGAUGAAGAAAAUCAUAUAUUUUGCAUGUAAAUGAGCAAAGCGAUCAAGAAAAAACAACAGCAAAAGAUGAACUCUAUUUACUCCUCUCAUUCUCUCUCUUCUCACUCUCCACCC